AUGGACCCCCUGCGAUAUCUGGCUCCUCCGCAGCCAUUCAAAGAGAUCUCCCAAGCCAACAAGAAAGAGAUCAAAGAGCGCAUCAACUUCGUCUCAGCCAUCGUGGCGCACCCGCACUUUGACGUCCCCGACGCCGAACAGGAAGCCUUCUUCUCCUACCGCGAUGCCUGCCAGGCGCUCAUCGACCUCUUCGACAGCCCCGACGCCUCGGCGCGCCAGAGCGCCCUCGCCGAAGUGUCCGCGUACGAGUCCUCCAUGAGCCCCAACGCCCCGCUCACCCUCUCCUUCGACAUCACCACCAAGACCAAGAUGGGCGAGGAGCUCGACAACCUCUACAACAUGUGGGUCUACGAGCGCUACUACAAGUACCUCCCGGAGGAGGAGCGCCAGCGCCAGCUGGAGCGCGACCACCCGUCGCUCAAGUCGCUCGACCCGUGGCACACGGCCUUCUGGAAGCCGUUCUACGGCCGUCUCGAGGCCGAGACCGACGCCUUCGCCGCCGUCCUGAAGGGCGCCCCCCGCCACAACGAGUGUCCUACCGCCGUCCUGCUCGCGCUACUCUGCGAACGCCACACGGUCGACUGGGAUGAGACGGUCGCGCUGAUCCGCGCGUGCGCCUGCGACGACGUCGACCUCCCCGACGCGGAUUUUGUGGGCUUCCUCAAGGCGCGUGACGUCGCGGGGCUGGCGGUGCGGCUGGACCGCGACGAGGCGUGCAUCUCCCUGUCUAGUGAGUAUGUGCGCGGCGUCGCGACGAUCGUGCUGGCGUUCUUCUCGACUACCCUGCCGGAGACGCUGUUCGAUACGGACGAUCCCGAGCCGGCGAAUUGGAAGCCGAAGCAGGCGUUGUUGGAUCGGCUGGCGCUGUCGGAUGGCCAUGAGGAGUCCAUGAAGCAGCUGUUUACCGAGCUGUAUGAGGAGAUGGCGAAUGAUGAUUCCGACGAUGAUAUGGAUGUCGAUGAUGCGGAUUUUGACGAUUUGGAUGAUGACGAGCUUGAUCGGGCGCUGUUGAGCGAUGGGUCCGAGGAUUACUAG